GCGCCUAGACGCAUAUCGAGAUAUGCCGGGAGAUAAGAUGGAGAUUAUAAGGUUUAGGACUCCGCCGUUCCUGAUUUCCAUUUCUCGCCUCCAUCAGAAGAUAGAGAAAGAGCAAGGACGCGUUGAUAGGAGAAAUGGGCUGGCUUAACAAGAUCUCGUCAUUCGUGUCAUUCGUCUUCCUCACCGCAGACGCGACCCAGAAUCCAUUCAACGCGCGCGAUGGUUACCCUUACCCCAACGUGACCUACCCAGGCCAGAAGGGCCGCGAUUACGACUACACAGGAUUCGACCCCAACCAAACGCGCCGCGCCGAGGCCGUCAUUGAAAUGUUCCGCUUCGCUUGGAACGGAUACUACACGUACGCAUUCCCCAACGACGACCUAUUGCCCGUCAACGACUCCUACUCAAACUCCCGGAACGGAUGGGGCGUCAUUGCAGUCGACGGCCUCGACACCGCAAUCAUUACGGAGCAGACGGAUAUCGUGAACCAAAUCCUAGACUUCAUUCCUACGAUUGAUUUCACGAAGACGGGGUAUGGGGAGAAAGACGGUGCGUUGGAGGUGGUUAGCCUGUUUGAGACGAAUAUCAGGUAUAUUGGGGGCUUGCUCAGCUCGUAUGAUUUGCUGAAGGGGCCAUUUAAGCACCUGGAUGUUGAUGACGACAAGGUGGAUGCGUUGUUGGAUCAGUGCGUAACACUCGCCGACACGCUGAAAUUCGCUUUCGACACUCCGUCUGGUAUCCCCGUUAACAACGUCUUCAUUAAUAACCAGACUUUCGCGCAGAGGUACAGGAUGCAGGACGGGACGUGGAGUGCGGGCCUCGCAGAGCUGGGCACGCUGGUCUUGGAGUGGCAGCAUCUCUCCGAUUUAGCAGGGGAUCCGGAGUACGGCGAGCUAGCGCAGAAGGCAAUGUCGUAUUUCCUGGAUCCCAGCGACGAAGUUUGGCCCGGCCUCACCGGCGGCAACUUCAGCGUCGAGACGGGCAAUAUCAUCGAUGCAUACGGUGGCUGGACGAGCGGUAAUGACUCCGCCUACGAGUACCUCAUCAAGAUGUACGUCUACGAUCCUGAAGAGUACUCUCUAUACGGAAAACGCUUCAUGGAUGCUGCAGACUCCACGAUCGAAUAUCUCCUCUCUCACCCUUCGUCCCGUCCGGACCUCACAAUGGCGGGCGCUUUCGCUGGUACGACUGUUGCAAACUACAGCGAGCAGCUCGCCUGCUUCAUCGGAGGGUCGUUCAUUCUAGGCAGCACGGCCCUGAACAAACCCGAAUAUCUCAAGUACGGUCUCGAAUUCUGCGAAUUCUGCGCAAACGGAUACCGCUAUGCGCCUGCGGGCAUCGGACCCAUCAUCUAUUCGUGGAACCUGACUGAGCUCUCCUGGCCGCAGUUCCAAAACCAGUCCGACUUCUACGAGAAGAGCGGCUGGUUCAUCGACGACAACAAAUCCUUCCUGAACGGUCAAGCGCCUGAAGCAAUAGAGUCUUGGUACUACGCGUACCAGGUGACGGGCAACCAAUAUUGGCGCGAUGUUGCAUGGGCGUACACACUUGCGCAGAACCGCACCGAGCGCGUGGGCUCUGGCUUCUCCUCCAUCCUGAAUAUCUUCGAGGAGGAUGGCGGGGGAUAUGAGAAUCGCAUGGCGAGUUAUAUGCUGGCGGAGGUGCUCAAGUAUCAGUAUUUGAUUCAGGCGCCUGAGGAGAGGAAGGGUGUGUGGGAUGUGGAGUAUGCGCCGAGGGGAGUGGGGCAGGGCGGGAAUGUCAAUUUAUUUGUGUAUAAUACUGAGGCCCAUCCGUUUAGAGUGAAGGCUAAGAGGCCAGUGUAGGCGCGCUCAAUGGGUUUGGAAUUAGCUCUGGUGGGUUGGGGUAAAUAGUGAUGCCUUCGUACGGCAUGCAGGCUGUACAGCGCGAUCUCCCUCGGAGGUUCUCGACAAC